AUGGAACGUGCGAGAAAUGAAUUGCUAGAUUUGAUUGACUCUGUAGUUGGAAAGAAAAGUCUUGUACUGGAGAAACCAAUCUCAGGUGUUUUAAGCCUUCUAAUACCACUUCCUGCCCUCCAGGAGCACGGUAUUCAACGUAUCUACACAAUUGAGAAGAACCUCCCUGAGAACAUUGAUGAGAAGAUUGUGUACAUUUGUCGCCCUUCGUUCGACAUUGCCCAAAUUGUUUCAGGUCAUAUACAUCAGGCGCAAAGACUGGCUUUGCGAAGAAGUUACACGGUGAUCACGUUGCCAAAGUCCAACAUACUGUUCGAUUCAAUUCUUCAAGAACAAGGUGUGUUUGGUGAAAUUGAUCUACUAAAAUGGAACUUUUCAACUGUCGUUCUUGACGACGAUUUAUUGUCAAUGGAAUUGAGCCCGAAUGAGGAACCGACACAAAUGUUGUCAAUGGCUGUUGAUGCCGUUUUUGAGUUUGAAAAGGAGCACGGAUUGUUUCCUCGACUGUGCGGACGUGGUCCUUUGGUAGAUCAGUUCUGCUUGUUACGUGAAAAACGCUUACAAGAAGAAAGCAGCACGACUGAUCGCAGCGAAACUGCUUUCCUUUUUUCUCAAGACAUCGAUAGUCUUUUAAUUUUCGACCGUUCAAUGGACAUGGUCACCCCUCUAAUGACACAACUGACGUUUGAAGGACUUCUCGACGAAGCAUUUGGCAUUAAUCAAAUGUUUGUUAAACUCCCUCCCAAUCUAAUAACGGAUACCGCGGAAUCUGGUUUAGUUGGGAAAAAGUUCUCAUUACAUACGCAUGCCAAUCCUCUUUUCAAAGAACUAAGGGAUUUAAGUAUCCUCAAUAUUGGUCCCCAGCUGGGACGAAUUGGUCGCAAGCUUUCCGACACAUACAACGAACGAAAGGAUGCAAAGACCGUUGGUGAAAUUAAAAGUUUUGUUUCUCGUUUGGGUGCCUUACGAACUGAACACUCUUCCCUUAAUAUAUUCACUUCACUCGCAGAGGCACUUGUUCAACAAACAAAACGACCAAGCUUUCAGGAUUUUUUACAGCUUCAACAAUCGCUAGCUUCUGGUCUGGACGCUAACAGUCAACUGACAUUGUUGGACAGUCUCAUCUCUAGAAUGGCUCCCGCGGAAGAUGUUUUGCGAAUGCUGUGUCUGGCAAGUGUUGUUUCGGAUGGUCUUCGGGCGAAAGACAUUGAUGUCUACAGACGGGAAAUUACUCAAACAUACGGUUAUGAACAUCUGAUUACAUUGCACAGACUUAUGGAAACACCAUUGCUUCAGAUACGCACUACGUCUGGCUUGCCUUUCCAAAAGUCAAGCUUAUAUCAACAGUGGUUGCGUACAUAUCCGAUAAUCGUUGAGAACGUAAAUGAGCAACAACCCGAUGAUAUUGCUUACACGUAUGGAGGUUAUGGUCCUUUGUCUGUUCAUAUAUUGCGAGACAUUUUGGAACAUCGGGAUGCCCCAGAUGCAGUUACACGGCUGACUUCGCUUCCAGGAAAAUAUGUCGAUUACAGAUCUGAACAGCCUUUGAAUCACAAGAACACGCUUCCUACCGCAAACCCGUCCCCUAAAACCGUUGUCAUUCUGUUCCUCGGUGGAUGUACUUAUGCCGAGCUUUCUGCCCUUCGAUUCCUUCAAGAGAAACUGUCUCUAAACUUUGUAUUUAUUACUACAGGAAUUAUCAAUGGAUCCUCCUACAUGGGCUCUUUCGUUCCCAAGUCUAUGUUUCCGACUGCUUAG